UAAAAUACACCUAAGUAAAGUCUUUGAAGAAAGAUGAACACGACUCACAAGUUCACAACUAUCGAAGUGUUGAUCAUUCAAUUAUGUUACAUUGAAAUUUAUUAUGUGAAGUGAAGUAAAAAAUAAACGUUCAACGACUCUUAUAUUUUCAUUCUCUCAUUCUCUCGCAUUCAAAAAGUAUCAUGUCUGAAAUGGAAUCGCAAGCGAGUGAAAACUGGAAUGGAAAUAAUCAAUAAAUGAUAGUAGUGAUAGUAGUAGAUCUUGUCCGAAGCCUUAGAAGUAAGUAGUAACUAUGGCUCUCGUGCAUUUGAAAAAUUUGUGCUCGGAAAUUGAAAAAGGCAACAUUUCCAGUUCUAAUAAGUUUGAAUUGAUCAAGUUUUAUGUUAUUGAUGCGAUCAGUAAGGGAUUCGGAAUAGUAUUCGUUGAUUUUAACAUUACCUCAGAUAUUCUUCUGUUCACGUAUCUAAACGUCCGAUUCACUUUGAUGUUUAAUCAGCCUGCAAACAUUGCCACAGUAGUUAAUUUGAAUACUUUAUCGACUACAUCUAUGCCGCUUCCGGAUGACAUGGGCAUCCACGCCACUAAAGACAACGACGACGCGUAUACUGUCCAUAAAUCUGCGAAAACCGAACCAAUUUGUCGUAGACUCAUGUCACGAAUGUGGGAAACGAUUUUUACUGAAAUGUUCCAUGUGGAGGAUGAGAUGGUGUCAAUGCAACAGCCACAACAAAGAGCGUAAUCGUAAUCAUACGCAGAUAUCUGGAAAUCUCGAUCGGCGGUGUAAUACCUACCUAUUGUAAAUGAAACGAGAAGACUGAUCAAAAUGAAAUGAUUUGCUCAUUCUCUAGUAUUAUAUCCUAAGUAGUAUUUUUCUAUAGGUGCCAGAAUUUUUCGUGAUCUCGUAGCUGUUAUUUUAUUCCUUCGUUACAUCGGGAUUUUAUUGAUUAUAAAUAAUUUAAUCGUAUUAAAAUAAUUUUGAGAUUCA